AAUAUAAUUAUUUAAUCACCACUCAAUAUUUUUCCUAAAUAAAGAGAAGGGAGACCGCGCAGCUAGCUACAAGCCAUUACCUGAACGUUCUUCCCUGUCCUCCAAUGGCGGACGCCAACUCCAUCACCCUUGAAGACCUCCCCGACGACAUCCUUCUUCAAAUCCUCCGCCGUCUCGAUGGCCCCUCUCUCGCCGCCACCUGCUGCUCCUCCCCCCAUCUCCACCGUCUCUCCUCCCUCCCUUCCCUCUGGUUCAACCUAUGCAUCUCAACCUACCCCUCCCUUCUCCUCCUCCCUUCUCACCCCUUCUCACCCCGCUCCUUCUUUUCUCUCUCCUUCCCCUUCCCCUCCUUUUCCCCCACAGCUCAACCCACUCCCAAUCCCGAUUUCAUCUUCUCCUUCAUCGAUCUCCACCACCGCGGAACCCUAAUUCUCUCCCGCAUCCUCUUAACUGAUACCCGAUCGCCCCUGUUUUUGUCCUCGCCCUUCCGAUUAAACGCCAUAGAUCGCCAUCUGCCGCCUGAUUUGGCGUUUUCGCCGUCGGAUCUGGAGCUGAGCUGGGUGGUGAUGGAUCGAAUGGGAGAUCGGGUGGUGGAUUUGUCAAGCUGGAAACCAGUAUCGCUUGAAAUGAACUGGUUCAGCGGGGAUGUAAAGGUCCGUUUCGGCAUGAUGGCGGGUGAAGGGAGGGCCGUGGUUGUUGCCGGAGUGAUUUGCAGUGUUGUUGGGGUGAGGAGGGUGGGGUUGGUGGUGGAGGAUCGUAAUGGGGUUCCCAUGAAUGGGAGGGAUAGUAUGGCGGUCAUUGGGGGGAUGAUGGAUGGAGGAAGAAAAGGGUUGAGGAAGCGAGGCAUACGUUUGGAAAGUGGAAAAAUAUUACAACCUAAUUAGAGCUACCUUCACAGUCCAACACGUGGUUUUAAGGAAAAAUAUGUGUUUUUCUAUGAUCC